GUGGCGGCUGCGUGCAGGCCAGGCACCUCCUCAGUGACGGGGGUUCCCUAGAAGUGGUGAAGGCGGGGCCGCAGGCUGAGCUGCCGCAGUAUCUCGACCCGCGGUGCGGCAGGUGCCGGCAGCGAGGGACGUAGCUUCAUCAAGAUCUCAUUAUGCAUCAGAAAAAUGAAAAAACAGAAGAAAAUUCUAUGGAGGAAAGGAAUCCAUUUAGCCUUUUCUGAGAAAUGGAAUACAGGGUUUGGAGGUUUUAAGAAGUUCUGCUUUCACCAACACUUUUGCAUUCUGAAAGCCAAACUGGGAAGGCCAAUUACUUGGAGCAGGCAGUUGAAGCAUUUCCAGUGCAGAAAAGCCCUUCAAAUCCAGAAAACGUGGACCCAGGAUGCACCUUUUUUUGCUAAGACAAAGUCCAGUGUGGCUGCUCAAAAUGUUAGUACUUUGUCCUCUAAAGUGAAAAGAAAAGACUCUAAACACUUCAUUUCCUCCUCAAGGACCCUCCUAAGACUCCAAGCAGAGAGGCUGCUGUCCUCAGCAAAGAACUCUGACCAUGAAUACUGUGGAGAGAAAAGUGUCUUGAAGGCAGUUGCUGACUUACCAGCAAGUAAUGUUUUAGGUCAGGCCAAUGGUCACAGACCUAGGACAGAGCCACAAGCUUCUGACUUUCCUAUGAAGUUCAAUGGGGAGAGCCAAAGUCCAGGUGAGAGUGGCACAAUUGUGGUCACCUUGAGCAACCAUAAGAGAAAGCGCUUUUGUUAUGGCUGCUACCAGGGUCUGGAGCACCACAGGAAUGGGGGACCCCUGAUUCCAAAAAAGUUUCAACUUAACCAACAUAGAAGAAUAAAAGUAUCUCCUUUUAUGAUGUAUGAGAAAUUAUCCAUGAUUAGAUUCCGGUACAGGAUUCUCAGAUCCCAGCACUUCAGAACAAAAAGCAAAGUUUGCAAGCUAAAAAAAGCCCAGCGAAGCUGGGUGCAGGUCACUGGGGACCAUCAAGAGACCCUUAGGGAAAACGGUGAGGGUGGCAGUUGCAGCCCAUUCCCUUCCCCAGAACCUAAAGACCCUUCUUGUCGGCAUCAACCGUAUUUUCCAGAUAUGGACAGCAAUGCUGUGGUGAAGGGAAAGAACUCUCAUGUGCCUGAUGGCCACACUAAAGGAAGCCCUUUCUUGGGCAAGGAGCUUAGUUUAGAUGAAGCAUUCCCUGACCAACAGAAUGGCAGUGCCACAUUUACCUGGGACCAGUCACCCUGUUCCUCUCCUAAGUGGGAGUGUACAGAGCUGAUUCAUGACAUCCCCUUACCAGAACAUCAUUCUAGUAACAUGUUUAUCUCGGAAACCGAAAGAGAAGUCAUGACUCUGGGUCAGGAAAAUCGGACAAGUACUGUCAGUGAUGACAGAGUAAAACUGUCACUGUGUGGGGCAGAUCAAUCUGUGAAUAGUGUAGAUGGGCCUGUGUCUGAAAAGACUGCUGGGAAUGAGAGCUCAUGCCAGAUGGAUGAGGAUGGAUCUCUCAAGCAGAACAUUCUUAGUUCUAAGUUGCUGGACCACCCUUACUGUAAAAGUCCCCUGGAGGCUCCCCUGACAUGCAGUGGACUCAAACUAGAAGAUCAAGCAGGAAGUGGGAAGAACAGUCAGAAAGUCUCUCCAGUGGAUGAUGAGCAGCUGUCAAUCUGCCUUUCUGGAUUCCUAGAUGAGGUUAUGAAGAAGUAUGGCAGUUUGGUCCCACUCAGUGAAAAAGAUGUCCUUGGAAGACUAAAAGAUGUCUUUAACGAAGACUUUUCUAAUAGAAAACCAUUUAUCAAUAGAGAAAUAACAAACUAUCGGGCCAGACAUCAAAAAUGCAACUUCCGCAUCUUCUACAAUAAGCACAUGCUGGAUAUGGAUGAUCUGGCAACCCUGGAUGGUCAGAAUUGGUUGAAUGACCAGGUCAUUAAUAUGUACGGUGAGCUGAUAAUGGAUGCAGUCCCAGACAAAGUUCACUUCUUCAACAGCUUUUUUCACAGACAGCUGGUAACCAAAGGAUAUAAUGGAGUAAAAAGAUGGACUAAAAAGGUGGAUUUGUUUAAAAAGAGUCUUCUGUUGAUUCCUAUUCACCUGGAAGUCCACUGGUCUCUCAUUACCGUGACACUCUCUAAUCGAAUUAUUUCAUUUUAUGAUUCCCAAGGCAUUCAUUUUAAGUUUUGUGUAGAGAAUAUAAGAAAGUAUUUGCUGACUGAAGCCAGAGAAAAAAAUAGACCUGAAUUUCUUCAGGGUUGGCAGACUGCUGUUACGAAGUGUAUUCCACAACAGAAAAAUGACAGUGACUGUGGAGUCUUUGUGCUCCAGUACUGCAAGUGCCUCGCCUUAGAGCAGCCUUUCCAGUUUUCCCAAGAGGACAUGCCCCGAGUGCGGAAGAGGAUUUACAAGGAGCUAUGUGAGUGCCGGCUCAUGGACUGAAACUCAGCAGGGACUCUGGGAGGUCUGACCAAGUUGAAGCAGAUGGUUUGUUACUUGAAUCUCCAAACACUUAUUUGAAUUUUUAUAGAUACUUCAGAUCAGUGGUGUUGGGCCACUAUUGUUACCUCAAAUUUGUUUUUUGCCCUAUUCUUUUCUCUAGCUACCGUGUACUAUUUUUUAAUGUUCAGUUUGGUUUUAUUUUUAAUUUUAUGGAUUCCGUGUGUUUCCCCCAUAUUUAAUAUUUAUUAUCCAAACGCAUGCAUAUAGACAGAGCAUGCAGUGCAGAGUAUUAAAAAAAAAAAAAAAAAAACCCUAGUAGAUUUGGUGCGGCUUUUGAAACUUAGAUGUGAACUGAAUACAGGUUUAAAAUUUAAUCCCAGAACCUAAAAGCGCAGGAUGUUUUCAAUACAACGUAACUCUGAGAAUGAUAGUUGUUCCCUGGGGCAUAAAGGGUAGCUAGGAGUGGUGGUUUUGACAAAGCCAGUCCUGUUUUACCUGCUGCACCUUUCACUGACUUCCCUCUCCCAGUGAGUCUUGCCGAGUUGCAUUCCUUUUGAAGGGUGAGAAGAAAGCCAAAACCUGACUGGUGUGUUCUGUUUUUAGAGGCACACUUAUAAAGUGCAGUGCCUGCUUUGGGAGGAGUGGAUUAAGGUGUGAGAAAAAGACAACUUUGGGGGUCCAAUUACAUUAACACAUGAGAAAUUUCGAUCUUGGCUGUAAGAAGAAUUCUAACAAAUUCCCACAUCUUAUAAAGGCUUUUGCUGGAACACUGCAUUCUCUGGAUUUUUGGUUUUGGCCCAUUAAAAAUGUUACUAUCCAUUAAACUAGUGGUCAAACACAUGAGAAUUCAGCCUUUCUAAGUACUUUACAAGUUGUGGUUAUCCUUGUGUGAUCUCCCAUAUGAAAGAAAUUAAGAUUUGCCAAACACCUUUCUUUUUCCAAAGGUGUUUAAAAUAUAAAUCUUCAAAACUGAAGACGGACCAGGUCUUUUGCAGAUGCGUGGGGAGGAGAGAAGAGGAAGGGUAACGAGACAACUGCACAGGAGCAGAGCAGAUGUUGAGUUUUUUUGCUCUUACCUCUAGUGAUCUCAGCAGCAUGCGGGGCUCCACGUUUUGUCCUUUGCUUAGCUGCAUUAGGAUUAAAGUAAUGGAUCUUACAUCUUUAUUCUAGCCUUUUGUGAUAUUUGAAAGGAAGGGGAAUCCAGAAAGAUGCAUGUUAAAUUACCCAAUUAUCUUUUGAAGUGGGGCAGAAAAAACACAAAGGUGUAUGUAAGAAUCGCAGAAGCUUACACAGAAUAGCAAGUUAAUGACAGAAGAUGCUUGGCAUUAUGCUGGUUAGGUGUGGGGUAUUGAAAAUAAAAAGCUAAAACGUGCAGUUUAACUUGGCCAGAAGGUGAGGCUGCCAGCAGUUGAGGGUAGAGUCCCAACAUAUUUACACGCAGGGUCCCCUCCCCACCCCCCCAUUCUAAGCACCAACACCAGUGUUUACGUUGUAAAGAGCCCCAGCACUCUCCAGAGCCCUCCGGACUUACUGUAAAACCAGGUCAGUAUUUCUGAGAUCAGAGGCACUUUAUGCUGCUACAGUUAGGGUUAUGUCAGCAUUAGCAAAGAUGACAGUUUAAGUGGGGAGGAUAUGUUCUUGAGGUUUUCCUACAAGAUUAUGCAAAAUGUGAGAUUUUUUUCAGAUCUGCAUGUAAGACAUUUGCUUAACUUUUGCGGGGGAGGGAGGUAGUUAUACAAAGUAGCCAGUACAACUAGGCUGUGGAUUCACAGUAUCUUAAACUUUAGAGCUCCAGCUAACCUCCUCACCGACAGAACGAGGCAUGUAGAAAAGACACAUACAACUGUGUUCUGAAUUUUCAUGGCCAAAACUUGAGUUGCCAUUUCCUCCAGUCUGAGAAAUGGUCACCCUCUGAGGCAAGCAGGGGUGCGCAUAGGUAACUAAAGCGAACUGUCGAAGGCCAGCUUCCCUUUCACUUCCAGUUUAAUAAGGCAGCUUGAGGUGCAUUGUCCAGCGUGCUUUUGCCUAAAUGUCAAAUAUUUUACGAAUCUAGUUCAAAAUGUUUCUCUGUUCAUGAAACUUGGUUUUAGCACAUAGUCUACUUUUCCCCCUAUUCUCGUGACUAGGUGUGAACCUCUAUUUAGUCCAAGCCCUACAUCAGAAGGGCCUUUGUCCUCUUGUUUGCAAUAAUUUCUUCCUUGCAACAAGGACAUUUUUGAAAUGUAGUCUUGGCUGCUGGUGGAAGAGGCAGGCAUUGUUUUAUUGUCACUAGCUUGGCACUGAAUUGUUUGGGUGCUCACAAGGUGGGCAGCCCUUAUGCUUUGGGGGUUGAGUGCAGGCCUUGUACAAACUAAAAGCUGCUUACGAUGUGCCUUCAAGCUGUGCCCAGUCCUGUCCAUCAACAAACUUACUGGUCUGUAGUUAUUCUUUCCAGUGAUUUGUCCGUAUGUUAAAUCUGUAGCAAUGAAUGUAGAUUUAAUUCAACUUUUAGUUGAGUUCUCUUAAGAAAGAGGACCUCUUAAGGAAGGGAAAAGCAGCAGUUGCUGCCAAAAGUCCCCAAAUCACUUUUUGGUUUUGCAUCAUAUUUUCUACUUAUCACUGAAUAUGAGUGACACCGGUCAUGUUGGAUUCAUAGUUGGAACAGAACAACAGCCCUAACUGGGACACAGCCAGCACUAGUCUAGAGCUGCCCUUUUUCUCUGCAGUUUUGGUUCACUGGUUCCCUGGGUUAGAAGUGCUGACUGGGAGAGCUCUGGAUGAAUCAGACCCUUCAAGCGUGUUAAUAGUGUGAACUGAAUAUACUGACUACCUGCUCUGCUUAAUUAAGAAACCGAACUAAUCAGCAGUUGUAAAGCACCUGCUUUUCUUACGUGUGAGGCUCUGCCUCCUGGCCUAUAGAUAAUUAAGACUUAGGGACUAUACCAUCAGAGAAGUGCUAAUUGUAUUUGGGUGUUACAAAAACAGCCUAGAUAAGCUGUUGACUUAAAUGGUACCUUUUGGUCAGAAAAAGAAUUUAUUUAAAGAUUGUGAUCAUGUAAAAUUACUCAAACCUUCUAGCAAAAAUAUUUUUUUGAAAAAUAAACUAAAUGCCUUUAUAAA